UCAUCAUGGCCAUGAAAAUGUACGUGUGGUUAAUCUUUCUUGUUCUGGCACCAAAACAGCAGGUAGAAUGUUCUCCUUCAGGAUCAACGGAAGCGAUCAGUGAUGAAAAAGGCGUCUCUUGGGCGCGGAGUAAGAGAAAUUUUCUCCAGUUUGGCCUUAUGAUCCUUUGCGAGGUUGGAAGAAACCCGUUGGACUAUAAUGGCUAUGGAUGUUAUUGUGGCCUUGGAGGGAGAGGAACGCCGGUGGAUGAGAUCGACGAGUGUUGCUACAUCCAUGAUCAGUGUUAUAUCGCCAUAGAGAAGAGUAAUAUUUGCAGUCCAUUCCCAGUAUUGUCCAUUACAUACAAGAGAGAUGGCUGUAGUAAAUGUCGAGGGUACUCGAAAUGGUAUCUGUUCAAUGGGAAGAACUCUCGCUGCAUGAAGGAGGUCUGUGAAUGCGACAGGGAAGUGGUACAAUGCUAUAAAAAGUACAACUCCAAGUUCCGAAAUCAGUACAAAGGCCACGAUCAAUCCAAAUGCUAGAAAUCUGUUCCAGCAAUGUUAAUGAUGAUUAUUGCCUUAUUGUUGGGUUACUGCCAUGGAGAUUACUGUUAUUAUGAGCUUUAACGAAAUAUAAUU